CUCUCUCUCUCUCUCUCUCUCCCCAUCUUUUCUUUUAAAUAGGUUAUCAUAAACCCACGCUUACAUUCACAGCAAAGAAAAGGAAGAGAAGAGAAAGAGGCAGAGAAAGACAACGCAUUUUGAAAACCCUUUGAGGCUCUGAGGUCAUAAAUCUUCUGUUUCUUCAACGUUGCGAAAUUUAAGCUCAAAUGGAUCAAGACUUUAGGAUGAUGAGAAGCCAAGUGCCAGCCUUUGGGAGCUGGGAUUGGAACCAAGACCUCCCAUUUACUCAGUGCUUUGAGUCAGCUACGCAAGCUGGGCUUCUGCGCUACACCAGUUACUCUGAUGAGGAUCGUGAUUUAUAUGUUGCUGGUGAUUUGUAUGAGAACGAUGUCGUCACACCUGCCAUGAUUGUUGUUCCUCGCAGAAGGAACAAAAGUCGUCAGUCAAAUGUGAAAGAAGCAAAAGAGCAAAGUUGGGUGGUGAGUGAUGUGAAGGAGCCACCAAGCCCUCCUCCCAGGCACAGGCCUACCCCCAAGCCUGUGGAUGAAGACUUGUACAAAAUCUCACCAGAGUCUCUCUAUGCUAAGACCAGAAAGAGGAGAGGGUUUGGCUUCUUUUCAAGCUGCUUGCUGCCAACAUGCGUUUCGUGAAGCAAUGAACAAGUUUACAUCAGACUUAUUAGUGAAUAUAUGAGGGAGAAAAAAAAAAGUAAAGUGGUCUAGUGUUUUAUGUAAAAGUGUUUGUACCUUAAUAUUAUGAACAUAUAUAUAGAGUUUGUCUGAGAAUUCCUCAUUCACGUGAUGUGAGUAUGAGGAGAGGGUGGGUUCAUAUUUAGUAACUACUGAGGGAU